CCCUUUUGUUUUGUUCUCAGGUCGCCGCGGCAUUCAGAGUACUUGUAAGCAUUAACUUUUCAGUGUCGCAAAAACGAAACGGCAAUAUACUUUGAAAUGUCAUUUGAGAAGUAAGUUACCUGCGCGUUGCAUUACUUAUCGCACGUCAAUGGGAUGACCGCGUGGGAAUUUUUGGAUUUAAACCACGAUCACUAAAUCUUGGGUUUACUUUUGAUUCGAGUGUUUUCAAUGUUUCGUUUGGAGAUGGGUUUUAAGGAAACGUCCUUCACUGGAGCAGGAUUCCGGCAUGGAAUCGGAUUUUGAAAAACAGAUCAGCAAACUCAUUUCUUGUCUUGGCCUGCUCCUUAAGUGUGAUGGAGGGAGAAUGUCCUAAAGGAAAUCCCUGUGCUGCAGUGUCCACACCACUUCCUCUUCAGACAGACAUGCCCACUCUGGAUGAUGAUAUCACCUCGCCAGUGGUCCCAGGAGGGGUCACAGUGAACGGAAUGGGCCCACCAAGCAGGGAACAGUGCAGCGGGGGCGUCUCUCAGUCCAGCUGCCCCGAGAUGGAUGUCGAAGCCCCCUCCACCAAGCUGUGCGGGUACCUGAACAAGCUGGGAGGCCCCCUGAAGAGCUGGAAGUCCCGCUGGUUCACGUACGAGGAGAAAAAGUGCCAGCUGUUCUACUACAGGACUGCCCAGGACGUGAACCCACUGGGCCGGAUCGAGCUCAAAAACGCCACACUCGGCUACCCCCUCCAAGAGGAGAAGGGCACCUUCCACAUCCAAACCCCAGAGCGCACCUUUGUCCUCAAGGCCGUGAACCACGAGGCCAUGAUGUACUGGCUGCAGCAGCUGCAGCUGAAGCGAUGGCAGCACAGGGAGCGUCUAGAGCCUGCGCAGAGCUGCGCAGACACGAAGAGGGAAGGGGUGCAGGCAGCGGCAGGCCGCUGUGCAGAUGACUUCCUGCCCACGGUGAAGAUCCCCACAGGUCUGGUUGGAGAGGAGGCCGCCUGUCUGCCAGCACCUCAGCGACAAGCGACCCUGAGCAACGUCUCCUUCAAGCACCCCCUGACUGAGAUUCAGAACUCUGUGCAUAGCCUGCGUCUCAGUCGUUCCUCUCAGGAUCUGUUCCUCUGGGACGACCUGCAAGAGCCUGUUCUGUCGCCCCCUGUUUCAGAAACCCCCUCCCUGAGGAGUCAGGACAGUCCCGCCCCUGCUGUACCCUCCCCCCUGCUGACCGACCAGGGGACCUCGAUGCUGGCUGACCCCAAGCCAAAGGCGCUGGCAGGGGGCAGCUGUCUGUCCCCGACGCUGCGGAUCAGGAAGAAGAAGAAGAGUAGCAGUUCGGCAACCAUGCCUGCAAGCUGGAGGCAAUCUAACGCAGCAGACAGGACCUCCCGCCUCCAACAGGAGGCGCUCUCGCUGGCUGAGGAGGUCAAGGCACAGAAGGAGCUGGUGUGGCUGCUGCACAAGGCCCUGGAGGCGGCGCAGCAGGAGAAGCGCACCUGCGUGCAGUUCCUGUCCGCCGAGGGCGAGCAGGAGCGGCUGGAGCUGUUGCGCCACCGCGAGCGGCACGUGGCCGACCUGGCCGCCCGCGCGGAGGCCCUGCGCGGUCAGCGGGAGGCGCUGCAGCAGAGCCUGGCCCAGCGCGACGCCCACAUAGCCGAGCUGCAGGAGCACGUGCAGCUGAUGAUGGAGAGGAACCACGCCAAGCAGGAGGUCAUCCUCAAGCUGUCCGAGCAGGUGGCCGCCCGGGCGGCCGACCCCCGGCGGGACCCCUGCAACGGCGUGGGCGCCGAGACGCUGCAGCGGCAGGAGCAGGAGAUGGAGAACCUCAAGGAUGACAUUGAGGCCUACAAGAUCCAGAACAACUUCCUGAACUCUGAGAUAUAUCAGCUGACCAACCUGUGGCGGAACAGCUCUGAGCAGGAGAAGAGCCUGAUGGUGAAGUGUGCAUACUUAGAGGCCAAGAACUGCCAGGUGGAGAGCAGGUACCUGGGCCUUCUCCGCAAGCUUCAGGAGAACAAGGGCCUGGACAGCGCUCAGCAGGAGGUGGUCAAAAGGCUGAUAGAGGACGCACUGAAGGGGGAUGUCAACGACGUCCUGAAACUCAACCCCGUCAGGGAGUACGAUGAGUAUGGCUUCAAGAUAAUGCCGGACUACGAGGUGGAGGACAUGAAGCUGCUGGCCAAGAUCCAGGCGCUGGAGAUCCGCUCCCACAACCUGCUGAACCAGGAAGCGGGGGACAAGCCCCUGCUGGGCCGCUGGGCGCAGUACCUGGCGGGGCGUCCUUCGGGCGAGCUGGUGCCCUCCCCGGAGCUGAAGGCGCUGCUCCGGGGCGGGGUGCCCCGGGAGUACCGGCAGCGGGUAUGGCGUUGGGUGGUGCGGGCACGCACCCUCUCGCUCCGGGAGCGCCACCCGCAGCGCUACCAGCAGCUGUGCAGGAAGAGCCAGACCUCCCAGCACCCGGCCUCCCGCCAGAUCCAGCUGGACCUGCACCGCACCCUCAGCAGCAACCAGCACUUCUCCUCCCCCUCCAGCCCCGCCCUGCAGCAGCUCCAGCGCAUCCUGCUGGCCUUCUCCUGGCAGAACCCCACCAUCGGCUACUGCCAGGGCCUCAACAGACUAGCUGCCAUUGCUCUCCUGGUGCUUCAGAACGAGGAGGAUGCUUUCUGGUGUCUGGUGGCCGUGGUAGAGACCAUCAUGCCCCAGGACUACUACAGCAAGACCCUCAUUGCUUCCCAGGUGGACCAGAGGGUGCUGAAGGACUUCAUGGUGGAGAAGAUGCCACGGCUGAUGGCCCACUUUGAGGAGCACAGCGUGGACGUGUCCCUCAUCACCUUCAACUGGUUCCUGGUGGUGUUCGUGGAGAGCCUGGCCAGUGACAUCCUGCUGCGUGUCUGGGACGCUUUCCUGUACGAAGGCACUAAGGUGAUAUUUCGGUAUGCACUGGCCCUCUUCAAGUACAAAGAGGAGGACAUCUUAAAGAUCCAUGACAAUGUGGAGAUCUACCAGUACCUUCGAUUCUUCACCAAAACUAUCUCAGACACCAGGAAGCUGACGAGCAUCGCCUUCAACGACAUGAACCCCUUCCCCAUGAAGCUGCUGCGCUGCCGCCGGGCCCAGCAUCUGGAGCGGCUGCAGACGGAGCUCCGCGAGCUGGAGACCAUCCAGAGGGAGUUCGUGGCGGAGAGCGCCGAGCGCAACGACAAGGACCUGGACGACGACGAGGACGCGUAGCACC